UAUCCCUCAACCUCAAUCUCAAUCUCACUCUCUCUCUCUGUUCUUUUCCUCAACUCAAAAACCAGCCCUCAACCAUCCUCUUCGACGGCGUGCAUGGGUCACGGCUGGUGGCCGGAUCACGGCGGCGGGCUCGAUGCAGAGGCAGGGGACUCGGCUCUCUCACUCCCUCGUCCUCCCAUCUCUCACUCUGCCUGGGAUCGAUGUCGCCUAGGGGUUCAAGGGCUCGACAGCGGCUGGGGGUUCAAGGGCUCGACGCGCGAGUGGGGUUCUCCGGGCUGGCUGGGCUCGACGGCGCGGGGGUCUCAGGGGGUGGGAUAGAUCGUGCAAGGACGGCGCAGGGAGGGGUUUAGGUUGAGCUGAGCUGGGUCUGGGUUGACUGUGCAGGGACGGUGGCUGGGCUCGGCAGGGACGGUGGCUGUGCAGGGAGGGGCUAGUGUAGAUCCUUCAAACUGAAGCCACCACCCAUUCUGCGCAGGUUGCAUUGCUCCAGAGGGAUACUACUGGGUUAACUGCUGAGAAUAAGGAGCUCAAAAUGCAGUUACAGGCUAUGGAGCAACAAGCGCAACUCAGAGAGGGAAUGAAUCCAUGUUGCUAUUUUCUGAGAGAAAUUAUGGACUAUUCAAGACUGAUGGCACCAUUUCAUAUGACAUUGGGUUUCAUGGACUUGAUUCUUCAUCUGCAGAUUCAUUAUGUUUAUCCCCGAAGGAUGAAAGCCUUCACGAUUCAAGUAAAAUUGCUGCUUUCGAUUUUGAUGGAUGUCUUGCAAACACUUCUGUUAGAAGGGUAGGUCCGGAUGCUUGGUCUCUGAUGUAUCCUUCAAUACUUGCUAAGCUACAGAGCCUGUACAAUGAUGGCUAUAAACUGGUUAUCUUUACCAAUGAAUCAAACAUUGAGCGCUGUCUUUGUAUAUCACAUAUUUUCUGAGGCUGUCUUUGUUGUUCUCUGUUUGUAGUUUUAUGUCUUAUAUGUACUAUCUUAGUCUGAGGCUGUCUAGACUAUAAUACAGUACAUACGAUUUCUUAUCAUCUUUUUUUAAUACAAUCUUGUUUGGUUGGGAUUGAAAUGAUAGUGUUUAUGUGAGAAUAGAAAUAGAAUGGGAAAGAAAUAUCAAUUCUUUUGUUUGGUUGAAA